GCUCCACCCAGGCCCGGCCGCGUUUCCUCAGUGCGAGGCCGCCGCUGCCGAAGCUCCUGCCGGGCGAUUGUGACGACGCCGCCGACCUUGGAGCCCCCUCCGACCCGCAGAGAGUUGCCGCGAGCCAGGAAGCGCUACGAUGGGGAGGCCGCGGCCUAGCCGCCUCUCCGUCCCGAUGCUACUACUACUACUACUGAUGGUUUUGGGAGGCCGCGCAGGCCUCGGCGCCGCCUUCUACCUGCCCGGCUUGGCGCCCGUCAGCUUCUGCGAGCCCUCGGACACCAAGCAGGAGGGGCCCGCCGCCGGUUGUUCGCCCAAAAUUGAGCUGUUUGUAAACAGGCUGGACUCGGUUGAAUCUGUUUUACCGUAUGAAUAUGACGCUUUUGAUUUUUGCAAAGACCAAACGGAAGAGAGACCUUCUGAAAACCUCGGACAAGUUCUGUUUGGCGAGAGAAUAGCCUCUUCCCCCUACGAGUUUACAUUUAAAAAAGAUGAAGAGUGCAAGAAAGUUUGCGUGAAAUCUUACGACCCACAGAAGCCAGAAGACAAAAACAAACUGGAUUUUUUGAAGAAGGGAAUGCAGUUGAAUUACCAGCAUCACUGGAUUAUAGAUAACAUGCCUGUGACUUGGUGUUACAAUGUGGAAGACAACCUUAAAUACUGUAAUCCUGGAUUUCCAGUUGGCUGUUACAUUGCAUCUGAUGGCCGGAUAAAAGAUUUUUGUAUAAUGAGUGAUGAAUUCAACAAGAAGAACACCUUCUACCUCUUCAAUCACGUAGACAUUACAAUCACCUACCAUAGUGGCAAAGAUGAGAGCUGGCCUGGAGCAAGGCUCGUUGCAGCUCAGCUGGAGCCCAAGAGCUACAAGCAUACAGAUAUAAACAAUUUAUCCUGUAAGGGUCCCCCUAUGGAAAUUCCUGCAGAAUUUAAUAGCAAACUGGACGUGAUCUAUACAUACUCUGUGAAAUUUGAAGAGAACAACAAUAUAAAAUGGGCAUCCCGGUGGGACUACAUCUUGAAAUCCAUGCCUCACACCAACAUUCAGUGGUUCAGUUCCGAACGAGGCGUUAGUGACUAUCCAAGCAUCAUGAAUUCCCUUGUCAUCGUCCUUUUCUUAUCCGGGAUGGUCGCCAUGAUUCUCCUAAGGACCCUUCAUAAAGAUAUCGCGAGAUACAACAAGAUCGAUUCUUCGGAAGAUGCACAGGAGGAGUUUGGGUGGAAGUUGGUCCACGGAGACGUGUUCAGGCCGCCCCGGAAAGGCAUGCUGCUCUCCGUCUUCCUAGGCCAAGGGACGCAGAUUUUUAUCAUGACGUUCAUUACUUUGUUCCUUGCCUGCCUCGGUUUCCUUUCACCAGCCAACCGAGGGGCUUUGAUGACAUGCGCAGUGGUGCUCUGGGUUUUGCUGGGGACCCCAGCGGGAUACGUAUCUGCUCGGAUGUACAAAACAUUUAGGGGUGAAAAAUGGAAGACCAAUGUGUUGCUGACGGCUCUCUUCUGUCCUGGAAUCGUGUUUGCUGACUUCUUCAUUAUGAACCUUAUCCUGUGGGUGAAGGGAUCUUCAGCUGCGAUUCCUUUCGGGACGCUGGUGGCGAUCUUGGCCAUGUGGUUUGGAAUAUCUGUCCCGCUCACCUUCAUUGGCGCCUAUUUUGGGUUCAAGGAGAAGCCCCUCGAGCACCCCGUGCGAACAAACCAGAUUCCUCGCCAGAUCCCCGAACAAUCCUUUUUCACCAAGCCUCUGCCGGGCAUCAUCAUGGGUGGCAUCCUGCCUUUCGGGUGCAUCUUCAUCCAGCUCUUUUUCAUCCUGAACAGCAUUUGGUCUCACCAAAUGUACUACAUGUUCGGCUUCUUGUUCUUGGUCUUUAUCAUUCUCCUGAUUACCUGUUCGGAGGCCACCGUCCUGCUUUGUUACUUUCACCUGUGUGCUGAGGAUUAUCACUGGUGGUGGAGAUCAUUCCUGACCAGCAGCUUCACCGCCGUUUAUCUCUUCAUCUACGCCAUCCAUUAUUUUUUCUCGAAACUCCAGAUUACUGGUAUUGCUAGCACCAUCCUGUACUUCGGGUAUACUAUGAUCAUGGUCUUGAUUUUCUUCCUGUUCACAGGAACAAUCGGUUUCUUCGCUUGCUUCUGGUUCGUCAGUAAGAUUUACAGCGUGGUGAAAGUAGACUGAAGAAUCCCAGGUCUUCCUUUUGAACACGUGUCUUGAGUUGCCGGAGACCCAAGGCAUUAACCAUGUACAAAAGACACAAAAGCAUUUCAUCUUCAAACAGCUACGGUAUACCCAGAGCUUCUUUCUUGGCAUCAAAAAGGCAGGUUUUAAAUGGAAUGGACGUAAGUAGCGUGGAUCCUUCCAAAAAACCCAACUUGCUUUUUUUCCCCCCCCAAACACUUCAUCCAGAGAGAGAUAUACGUAUAUAUAUAUAUAUAUAUAUAUAUAUAUAUUUGUUGGCUGGUUGGUUGGUUGGUUUGGUUUGCUCGAAAAAGACCCAACACCGAUUUAAUAACGAAAAGCCAAACACAUUAUGUUCGACACUUCUCUGUCCCGAUGGAGAAUUCUCAUAAAUCUUUUGUUUUCUACAUGGUUAACUGAUUAUUUUGUCACGGAAGAGGGGCUGUCUGGUUACCAAAAAAAAAAGAAAAAAAAAAAGUGACUUACAAAUCAAUUUUGGAUCUCUUUCGCUGUUGGUUGUCCCCUGAUUCAAGAGGACAGCCGUUUCAGUGUCUAGUGCAGAUUUCUGAGGGGUGGGAGGAAAAACCGCAACAUUUCCUCUGUUUUAAAUAAAACGACCCAAUUCCAGCAGCCUGGCGUCUUUCUAUUUCAUCCAUUGAUGUUUUUAAUAGUGUCAAAUUCAAGACAUGGAGGAAACGAUCUUUUACUGACUCAGACAGUGGGUAUUCCUGUCCCCUCUUGGCUGUACUGGUCAAGAGAGAUUUUGGAUUUUUUUUUCCCCAUUCACGGAAGGCACUGUCUUGCUGAGUAGUACCGUAGUCCUCGGCUUACAACCAAAAUCGAGCCCGGAAUUAUAGCCGUCUAUUAUUGCGGUCACAAGUUGAGGCAUCGUGACCUGUAUUCAGUGAUGGGACUUGAAUAACUUAACAACCAGUUCUCUGGCUGGGUAGGCGUGGCCGGUUGAUCAUGUGACUGGGUGGGUGACGUCAUUCAUCACACACAGCCCCGCCUCCUGGCCACUCGCUUCAAAGGUAGAGGUAGGAUUCAGCCGGUUGGGGCAUCUCACCACUGGCUGGCCCCGCCCACAUCUGUUUUGGGGCUGUUUUCAGUGCCCUUUUUGCCCAGUUUUUGGGUCAUUUUUUGCAACCUGAAAAUGGCCCGUUAGUUCACAAAUAAAAGUGAAUUUCCGUGUCCCAGGUUAAUGUUACAGGAUCUAAUCUGGAUUGGGUACCGGGACCGGAGAUUUUGUCUUCUGAGCUUUCGGAUUUGUGCUGGAGCCCAUUCUCGGAGAAAUUCUCUCUAGCCAGUUUUAAUUUUUUUUCCCCCCUUUUCUUUAAAUAGUUCUAAAUAAGAACUAUUUGAGCACAAACCUUACUCCCGACACAUGGUGAAUGUUGGACGGCAGAUGGUCAGCCUUGAGUGAGGGAGUUUUGCUGCUAUUUAUACUUGGCAAACUUGUGUUUUUUUUCUUCUUUUUAUGCUGCUGCCUUUUAGCUGUUUUGAGUGGGUGGGCAGACAAGUACAAGCUGUGUGCAGUCCUGUAUAUUGAAUACAGUGAUGCCCUGUUAGGGUCUCCAGGCAUUCUCUUUUAACCGGAGUCCUUAUUUUUUUUACUAUUUUAUUAAAAUAAUGUUGAAAAUCACCUCAUUUUGAACUCAUCGUAAUGUUAGAACAAAAUCCAUGCAAAAAUCUUCAUGUAUUCUCAAAUUCUUAUUUUUUUUCCCCCAGCAAAUAAGACCAGAAAUUUCUGCUCAAUUGAAGUGAGAAUCUAAUCUUAACAAUAGAUAAUAUUCUGUGUAAAUGUAACGAUGGUAUAUUUGGAAAAGCAAGUCUCGAGUCCUUCCUCCACAUUGCGAAGUAAAUUCCUGUGGCAGCCCCUCCAAUAUCGGAACGCGGCUAUCAUGUCCCUCCCCCAGUCCUUCUUUUCAUUAAACUAGACAUACCCAA